UGCCGUUCGCGUGGCUAUAAAGAGAGGGUGCAAAACAUCCUAUGACCAUUUAUUUGUCACUUUUGUUAAGCAUCGCUGGUUUUAUGCAUACAUAACUUUUCGGUGAGUUUUCAUUCUACAAACGAUAGCGCACAGAGACGCAGUAAUGAAAUAUUUUAUAUAUCUCACUUUAUGCUUUCUGUUGGCAACGGCUCAAGAAGAUCGAAUGCUCGAUGACGUUGAAGCAGAUGAACUCAUGAAUUCCUUAUGCAAGAUCGAGACAGUAAGAGACGUUGCUGAUUGUGGAGAACUUUUAUCUUUGCAAGGAAAAGAUAUUAUAUUCAACUGCUGCCGGAAUCUAACAGACAGUGACCCUGGAAAUAUGAUUGUCGCCAUAGAAACGUUUUGCUAUCGAGAAGACAUCAGAGAUAUGCUUUUCACAUGCUGGGAAAAUGGACUAAGUAAAUUAUACGAUACCACAGUAGACGAAGAUGAAUUAAAGGAUAUGGACAACUUUUUAGUUUGUUUCCAAGAAGUAAUGGAUGGAAUAUUUGUUAAUUGAAUGUUAGAACAUAAAUGCAGUUGAUACUGCAAUAAACAGAAAAUCAUGCGCACAAAUACCAAAAACAAUUUAUGUUUUUUAAAUAAAUAAAUAUUUUUUUAAACUUCA